AUGGCUGCCAAGAGCUUCACUAAAAAUUGUUUUAGGAUUUCACCACACCGUCGAAAAAGACUUUGGUUAAGCACUGUAUCAGAAGCCCUGGAGGAGGCACAGAACGCUGCACUCCCUAAGAGCUCGGCGGUCCUAAGGGUCCUCUCUGGAAUCACACCCCGAGAUAGCCUGGAAAAGGGCCACGCGCUCCCCCGUGAAGCUGCACGCGGCUUCGCGGCCGGGACCGGCUGGCCGCGCGGUGGGCGCCCGCCUCCGGCCCCCGCGCUCGGGCCACGCCUACCCCGCCCCCGGCCCUCUGCGCUAGCCAAGGCCCGGCACCUGGGCUGGCCCCGCAAGGCUGCGCCUGGGACUGCGGGCGCUGGGCGGCAGAGCCGGGCCGCGGAAGGCGUCCGCACACCGGCCAGUCUCCGUCCACCAGGAAGCCGACUUCUCGUACCUCCCCGGGGACCGAAAACCGCCGGUGCCGCCGCACCCGUCGCCGCCGCCGCUUGCUCAUGGAGAGCCCGUGCCGCCGCCGCCGCCGCCUCAUCUACUAGCACCGUCCGCUGUCUGGGCCUCCCCGGCGUGAGUGCUGGGCUCUGGCACGGCCUCCAUCGCACCCGCCGCGGCGGGAGCCACAGCAGCUCCACCGCCCAGGCCGGAUCCGACCCGACCCACGGAGCCAGGACCGCAGGACGCGUAGCUUCUUAUUACGGAGGAAGAUUCGGCCUGACCUCCUCCGGCCCCCUCCCCCCAGCCCCUAGUACCCAGCCGCCUGACGGCGCUGCUGCGCAGGCGCGAAGACGCCCCUGCCAAACGUGCGUGUGUCGGGGGUGUAUACAGCAUCCAGAUUCGCCCAAUGGGAGCCAAGAUCAGGUCUUGUCUUCUUAUGGGCUUAACUCAGAAGGGAAAGCUUCGUUUUCCCAGCAAAUUUUAACUAUGCAAGCUUUUGAUGUAAGUAUGUAGUUAAGAAGAGGUGAAUCAGUUAGUGGGUUAAUGCCUCUCUUUAGUGUUCAUAAUUUGGCGAGGGUGCUGUAAUUUACAGGAAGUUAAUAACGUGGAGAGACAUCAGGUUGCUUUAGCCCCACUGUGGAGACGAAAACACUUGAGUGUCGGAAAUGCUCAAGUACCACACAUUAGGUGAUGGCUGGGAAUUGAAGCCAGAGCUGCUUAGUGCUGGAGUCCGUGGGCUCAACCACUGUUCCAUUCAGUAAGCCCUAGUUCUUGUAUCCUCGCUUAAAGGGUCGGAGCUUAUAUGGCUUAGCUCCUGGAGAACCCAGGCCACCCUGGAAAACUACCUUACCCCCCAUUACAAAUGCAGAUACUGUUGAGAUAUCACCCAUCCAACUGUUCAACGAAUAAUGGUUGUCUGGAAAGUGAAACCCAACCCCCAGAACAUGCAAUACGGAGAGCUCAAGGCCCGCCCAACACCUCACUGGGCUCCUCGGUCACCGCUGAGUCUGGUGGGCCUCUUGACUAGUGUGAUGGUCGGUCAGGGCGCUGACAAGGACCUUCCUUGUGGACCUCUCUCAAAGAGUCUAGUGACAGAGGAGUGGAGGGUACAAGUUUGGCUUUCUCAAGAUUAUUACUGCAGGUGGUGAUAGGAAGAAAUGGACAUCGCUCAGAGGAGGAGGAAAGAGGCUCUGCCCAAAAGGGAAGAAUUAAUAAUUCUGGCACAGUC